AUGGGAUUGAACCAAACACCCUCUUUUAAGAAAAGGUUCUAUCAUGUCAAAACCAAGAGCCUAAAAGUAGCCAGUUUGCAAGAGUUAGGGCAGCAGAUGGAUCAAGUUCAACGUCAAGCCUUCCGCAAGACAUAUGGAAAAAUCUGGGACUUGGCUAUGAUAGAAGUUUCCGUGGAAGCCAUCACAUCCAUCACUCAUUACUAUGACCAACCACUAAGGUGCUUCACGUUUGGGGACUUUCAGUUGGUACCAAUCGUAGAAGAGUUUGAAGGGAUCUUGGGAUGCCCACUAGGAGGAAGGAAGUCGUAUUUUUUUUCUGGGUUAUACCCCUCCAUGGCAAGAGUAGCAAAGGUGGUCAAGAUCUUGGCACAAGAGCUAGACCGAGCAAAACAAAACAUAAAUGGGGUGGUUGGGAUACCAAGGAAGCACUUGGAAGAGAAAGAAAAAGCUUUGGCAGAUCAAGGAGAGUGGACUUCAUUUGUUGAUGUUUUAGCACUGUUGGUGUUCGGGAUCGCCCUCUUUCCAAAUGUGGAUGGGCUAGUGGAUCUAGUAGCGAUCGAUGCUUUUCUUACUUAUCACCACAACAAGGAAAGUCUGGUCAUUGCUAUUUUGGCCGACGCUUAUGACAUAUUUGACCGAAGAUGCGAGAAGAACAACAAAAGAAUUGUCUAUUGCACACCCGCUCUUUAUGUAUGGCUGGUCUCACAUUUUUCGUCAUGGAAGUAG